AUGGCAGUAUUCAGCACUUAUGUAUAUGAAGUGGAAUAUGGCAGUGACUUUGGUUCUUAUACUAGAGUAAGAGCACAUUUAUUGAAGAUUUCAGGAAAAGAAAUUAGAUUUUGUGCAAAAGUUACAUCAACAAAGCUUGAAGAACUUAAGAAACUUGAUAGUGAAAGUACAUUGUUGCAUGAAAGUAAAAAGGCUAAGUCAAUUCCUCUUCCACCCUUAUCUAAUGCAAGUGAAAUUGAUUCAAGAAAAAGAAGAGCUACUGGACCUUUAGAGAAUGCUUUUAAUGUGAAUGCAAGGGAGACUCUAUAUUUACAUAUUGCUAGAAUGUUUUUUUCAUUUGGAUUACCUUUUCAUCUAGCAAAAAAUCCGUAUUUUGUCAAAGCUUUUUCUUAUGCUGCCAAUAAUUAUAUUGAUGGUUAUAUUCCUCCUAGAUAUAAUAAAUUGAGGACAACUUUGCUUGAGAAAGAGAAGCAACAUGUGGAGAGAAUGUUAGAACCUACUAAGAAUUCAUGGAGUGGAAAGGGAGUGAGCAUUGUAAGUGAUGGAUGGAGUGAUCUCCAAAGGAGGCCUCUUCUUAAUUUUAUGGCUGUAACUGAAAGUGGGCCUAUGUUUUUUAAAGCUGUAGAUUAUUCAGAUGAGAUCAAAGACAAGGAUUAUGUUGCAAAGCAAAUAAGAGAUGUCAUAAGAGAAGUCGGUCUCUCAAAUGUAGUGCAGAUUGUGACUGAUAAUGCGCCGGUUUGUAAAGCGGCUGGUUUAUUGAUUGAAGCUGAAUUUUCAUCUGUUUUUUGGACUCCUUGUGUUGUUCAUACUCUCAACUUUGCUUUAAAGGACAUUUGUGCAGCUAAGAAUACAGAGAAGAAUAAUUUUGUGUAUCAAGAAUGCUCAUGGAUUACUCAAAUUGCUGACGAUUUGCUUAAUGUUGCUCUUACUCGAUUUGCUUCUACUAUUGUGAUGCUCAAAAGAUUUAGGUUGUUAAAGCAAGGCCUCAAAGAGAUGGUUAUAAGUGAGAAGUGGUCUUCAUACAAGGAAGAUAAUAUUGGCAGAGCUGAGGUUGUUACAGAAAAGAUUUUGAGUGAAAAUUGGUGGCAAAAAAUUGAUUAUAUUCUUACUUUCACAAAUUCUAUUUAUGAUGUUUUAAGAAGUACAGACACAGAUGCACAUACUCUUCAUUUGGUCCAUGAUAUGUGGGAUUCAAUGAUCAAGAAAGUAAAAAGUGCUAUAUAUCUCUAUGAAAGAAAAGAUGAACAAGAGUCAUCGUCCUUCUACGAUGUUGUGCGCUCAAUAUUAGUUCAAAGAUGGACAAAAAGUAGCACACCUCUUCAUUGUUUAGCACAUUCAUUGAAUCCAAGGUAUUAUAGCUACCAAUGGUUGAGAGAAGAUCUUACACGAGUCUCUCCUCAUCAAGAUAUUGAGAUCACUAAUGAGAGAGUUAAAUGCUUGAAGAGGUAUUUUCCUAAUGAAGAAGAGAGGAGAAAGGUAAACAUCGAAUUUGCAAGCUUUUCUGAUGGUAGAGGUGUCUUUGAUGAUUAUGACUCUUUGAAUGAUAGAAGCAUAGUUGAUGCAAAGUCUUGGUGGCUAAUUCAUGGUAGUAAAGCAAAAUUUCUUCAACCAAUUGCUCUUAGUCUACUAGGGCAACCAUCUUCAUCUUCUUGUUGUGAAAGGAAUUGGAGCACAUAUUCUUUUAUCCACUCCCUGAAAAGAAACAAGUUGAAGCCUAAACAUGCAGAAAAUUUAGUAUUUGUUCACACUAAUCUUCGUCUUCUUUCAAGAAAAACUCCAUAA